AGGGGGGGCAGAGAGAGUUGGGGGUGCCGGGUUUGGGGUGUAGCUACAUGCACUGUAUAAAGUUAGGUCACGUAUUUGGGGCAUAGCUCGUUCAUAAUCCUGUUCGGCCCUCGCUCCCGUCCCUUCUCCCUCGCGGGGUAAUCAGGCUCUCCAGGGUAGGCCUAGAUCGAGAGCUUGGCGGAGAGCUGAGCAUCGGUGAUACUCGUGUCUCACCGCCCGAACUAGAGCUUGAGCAGGAGGCAGAUCGGAAAUCGCCAAGGAUUUCGGCUCCUGGAAAAUUAGGUCAUUUAUUCAUUUUAUUCAUUCGCAGUCGAAACUCAAGUUUCGGGUGCUGCCAAAGGCUAACCCCGAGGGGCCGCCAGAGGCCGGGACCUAAGAAGUUCACCCAUCACAUCAUACAGCACCGGGAUUUUCAUUCACACACUCUGAGGGUGAAUGUUGCGGUUUUAAAACGUGCUGCCGCUGAGCUCCGGGAAGCCCCGGACGAGCACACAGCUCUCAGGGAGCCUGAGUUGCAUGCCCUAAAUCGGCACCGAGACCACGGUAACUUUUCAAUCAAUCAGAUUGCUUGCUGAAAGUUUGAAUCUCUAAAAACUUUUGCUUUUACAACAUGGAUGCCACUACCACAACCUUGCUGCCGCCGACCUCGAGUUCAUCCCUAGCAUCUGAAGCCAGCACUACAGGAGGGGCAGAGACCGGACCCAAGGAGUUCGUGAGCUUGAGACCUGGCGGUGGAGGCCGGUUUUCCUUUAAGUUUGGUCCGACCACAGGUGGCACUCCCGCAGCCCCGUCUGAUCAUUUGGCCGGAUCAAAUGCUCCGAGGGCGUCGCAAGGAUACGCAACUGCCCCCGCCCCCGUGUUCCCCCAUCGACAGGAUAAGCAAUCCAGAUCAUCCAAGCCAAGACAGGAAGUCACUCGAUACUCCAAGGAGGAACUGCUAGGAUACAAGGAUGAAUGGACGACCCUGCCCGCCCAGAUUGCUGGAUCAGAUGUUCAACGCAUCGGCAGCAGCACCAUGUUCGAGGAAUUUGGUCGCCGUGAGCAGGCGUACCAGCCCGAGAGGACCUCGGAACCGGAUUUGAGGAAUUGGCGAGAGCGCACGCCUCUGCCUGCGCCGCCUCCGGAGAGAGAGGACAGGCCGAGGGAUCGAGACCAGUAUCGAGAAAGGCCCGGGCCCAAGGAGAACAGGGAAAGGGGACCUCAAAAUGAUCGGCAAUCCAACGCGCCGCAAAAUCGCGGCCCGGACCCCUCGCCUGCUGCGCAUUCGGGGCCUGGGCCUGCCAUCGUCAAGGCCGCGAGCCCGUGGUCGGCCCGGAGGGGCGUGCAGUCUGAAAAGGAGAAGGUUUACAAGACCGUCAAGGGUAUCCUGAACAAGCUCACGCCCGAGAAGUACAACAUUCUUUUGACGCAGCUUAUUCAUUCGGGGAUCUCUUCGGCCGAGAUUCUGCAGGAAGUGAUCUCGUUGGUCUUCGACAAGGCCGUGCUCGAGCCCACAUUUUGCUCCAUGUACGCGCAAUGUUGCGUUGAUCUGAGCAAAGCCCUCCCGGAGUUCCCCGCCUCCGAGCCGGGCGAGAAGCCCGUCACAUUCAGGCGUGUUCUGCUGAACACUUGUCAAUCGGAAUUCGAGGGAGCGGACGCGCUGCGCGACGAAAUCCGGCAGAUGGUCGGCCCGGAUCAAGAAAUGGCCCGCGCAGAGAAGGAAAGGAACGUCAAGCUCCGAACUCUCGGGAACAUCAAGUUCAUCGGAGAGCUCUUCAAGCAGAAAAUGAUCCCGGAAAAGAUCGUGCACGCGUGCAUUCAAGAUCUGCUGGGGCCGGACCCUAAGUCCGCCCCAGCGGAGGAGAAUGUGGAGGCGCUGUGCCAGCUGCUGUCGACGGUGGGCAAAGAAUUGGACUCGAGCGCCAAAUUCAAGCCCGCGGUCGAUUCCUACUUCGACAGGUUGAGAUCCCUCGACAGCCACCCGCGUCUGCCAUCGCGGAUCAGGUUCAUGGUCCGCGACAUUAUGGACGUGCGCAGCAACAAGUGGGUGCCCCGGCGCGAGGAGGUCAAGGCCAAGACCAUCAACGAGAUUCAUGCGGAAGCCGAGCAGAAGCUCGGACUCCGAGCCGGGUCCGCGAACAGGAUAUCUCGAGUCGGUGGCGUCGCCCCCCCGGGGAUGAUGCCCGGAGGCUUGAUGCCCGGCAUGCCAGGAAUGCCAGUCAUGCCCGGCGUCGGGGGCAGGCCGGGCUCGAUGAUGCCUGGAGGAUCGUUCGGAAUUCCAGGAUUGGACCCCGAAGGCUGGGAAACCGUCACGAGCAUGAGGAAGAGCAAGCGCGAGCCCAUCGUUGCGCCCAGCCAAGGCGCUUCGGGCAUGCCCAUGAACAGAUCGGCCAUCUCGGGAUUGAGAUCGAACAUCGUGAAUCCCAGGACUCUGCCGCAAGGCACUGCAGGCAAUUCAUUCUUGGGGAGGCCGAGCGCCCUGCUCGGAAGCUCUGCCCCUUCCCCUGCAGGGCCUCCCAGCGCGCUGCGAAACGGGCCCGGCCCUGCCGACGCAGGACCUCGUGCCGCCCCGAGCUCCUUGCCCGCCCCCGAGCCCGCCAAGGUUCCCGAGAGGGAGCCCCCGGCAGCCGCCGCAGCGCCCAGCAGCCAGCAAGUCGACAAGGUGGCCAAGAAGACGGAGUCGCUUCUGACGGAGUACUUCACAAUUGUAGAUCUGAAGGAAGCUCUGCAGUGCGUGAAGGAGCUGGGCGGGGCCGAGCUGCACCCCCAAUUCGUGCAAAUUACUCUGUCCAUCGUGUUCGAAAAACGGGAUAAGGAGCAGGAGCUGGUGUCGAAACUGUUCGACUACCUGCACUCCGAAAAGGUCGUGUCCGGGGACUCGUUCAGGGCGGGAGUGGUGCUCGCGGCGGAGCAGCUGGAGGACUUCGCGAUGGAUGCGCCCCUGGCGCCCAAGCUCCUGGGAAAGAUUCUGGCGAACCUUGUGGCGUCCAAAGCUGCCGACGGUAGCUUGCUGAUCGAGGUCUGUAAGAAGGUGCAAGACGACGAGGACUUGCGCCGGGCAGUAUUUACCGCCACAUCCAAGGCAUUGCUAAGUAAAGCCAAUGAGGAGCAAACCAAGGCCUUCGUCAGGAGCAUGUCGCUGGACGCGAAUUUGGAUGUUUUCGGUGUAUCCGACAGAAGUGGGCUACAUGACUUUCUGGAAGGAGAAGGACUGAACGCAUUAGCUGCGUUCUUAUAAAUUUUCGUAUCUCAUUGAAAUGUUUCUUUGUGGAGCAAUGUUUGUCUUGAGAUUACAUAAAAGCUGGGUUGCCUAAAUGAAAAAAGGAGACCAAAGGCCCUUGCCUAGGGUCUUGGGGGACUUGAAAUUCGAUCAGUGUCUCUCAGGUACAUCUGGUUGCACGUGUUAACGUAUUGGUGUGGGAGAGUUCGAGGGAGCUGAGAAGAGAAAGUCAAUUAGAUCAAUCAAUUUAGGAAGUAUUCCAGUUUUCAACCACUGCAUGGCCCUCCUAGCUGAGUGGGGCAUGCGGUGGUUCCCAUUGCUGUUAGAUAAGCGCACAGUUUUGAUUCUGACAAAUUUUAUUUUUCUUUGAGUAUGAGCAGUUUUGUUCCAACACCUCCUGCAGAUGAGUAAACAUCUAGACGAAAUACAGGAUGAGAAAGAAGUCUCUGAGCUAGUCACUGAGGUGAAACAAUGUAAGGUAUACUAUCAUUAUAUCCCUCUUUGCCAUUCGUCCAUCUAGGCCGUUCAUAUUUUGAUGUCUUGCACUGAAUGGACAACAACGGCAUCCAAUGCCUCGAGCUCAUCUCGCUCUUUUUGU